UUGCAAACCUCGCAAAACAACAUGGCGCUACCCGUAAUGACGACGCUCAUGGUCGUCGUGUGGCGCGACUGGUGGACGCUACUGAUUCUACCAGCGCUUGCGUUCGCUCUCGAGGUACCGCUGCUCCCACCGUCGUGGUGCCGUCGACUCGAGCGCCAGUGCUUGACGCCCGGCGGUGGCACAGGUCCGUGCGAUCCCGACCGCACUCUGUCGCAAGUCAAACUCACACUGCUGUAUUUGGACGUCGCCUUGUUCGUGCUUUCGGAAGUCGCUGCGUACCUGGCGCCCGCGUCGUUGGCGCCAAAGGCAUUCUGUGGCCUUGGCUUGACGCUCCUUGCGUCGCUCGGCCACAUGGACGGCUUUCACCUUGGAACAGCCCACAACGCGUCGCUGCGCCACGACCAAAGUGUGGAUUGAAGCCACCAAUAUCCCAACUAUCCAACUAGGAUCGAGACAACAAGGUAGCAAAAAAAAAUCUGGAAGUGUGUUGAUUAAA